CUUCCCAGCCUCCAGGACUCAGCUGAGUUCACAGCUCAAGUGGAGAACACAUCGACUUCAAAGUCGGAGGGAAUAGAAGGUGCUCCCCAGCUGCGGACGCUUCCUCUGCUUGAGAUGCAUGAAAAGACUGUCCACGUCCUCUGGGGAUGCUUCCUCCUGUGGAAUCUCCACAUCGCGUCCUCUCAGACCAUUCACCCUGGAAUCAAAGCGAGGGCUACUCAGCGGGCUCUGGACUAUGGUGUUCAAGCUGGGAUGGAGAUAAUUGAGCAAAUGGUCAAAGAAAGAAAAAUCCCAGAUUUAAAGGGUAAUGAGUCUCUUGAAUUUCUGAAGAUUGAUUAUGUGAACUACAAUUUUUCAAACAUAAAAAUCAAUGCCUUUUCAUUUCCAAAUACUUCAUUAGCAUUUGUGCCUGGGGUAGGAAUCAAGGUACUGACCAACCAUGGCACCACCAACAUCAGCACAGACUGGGAAGUCAAGUCUCCCCUUUUCCAAGACACAGGAGGAGCUGAUCUGUUUCUCUCUGGGGUCUACUUCACUGGUGUCCUUAUCCUGGCCCGAAAUGACUUUGGUCAGCCAACAGUGAAGCUCCAAGACUGCUACGCCCAAGUGAGCCAUGCCCAAGUCUCAUUUUCUGGAGAACUCAAAGUCCUGUAUAACUCCUUUGCUGAGCCCAUGGAGAAGCCCAUUUUAAGGAACUUAAAUGAAAUACUCUGUCCCAUUAUCACAAGUGAGGUGGAAGCACUGAAUGCCAAUCUCAGCGUGCUGGAGGUUUUAACCAAGAUUGACAACUAUACUCUGCUGGAUUAUUCCCUAAUCAGUUCUCCAGAAAUUACUGAGAAUUACCUUGACCUGAAUUUGAAGGGUGUAUUCUACCCGUUGGAGAACCUCACUGACCCCCCAUUCUCCCCGGUCCCUAUUGUGCUCCCAGAACGCAGUGACUCUAUGCUCUACAUCGGACUCUCCAAGUAUUUCUUUAAAUCUGCGUCCUUUGCUUACUUUACAGCUGGGGCUUUCAAUGUCACUCUCUCCACAAAAGAGAUUUCCAGCCAUUUGAUUCCAAACUCUCAAGGCCUUGGCAGCAUGCUCUCUCGGUUGGCAGACAUCUACAUCUUGUCGCAGCCUCUCAUGGUAAGGAUCAUGGCAACGGAGCCUCCUGUGAUCAGUUUGCUGCCGGGUAACUUCACCCUGGACAUCCCUGCCUCCAUCAUCGUACUCACCCAGGCCGAGAACUCGACUGCGGAAACCAUCGUUUCCAUGAACUUUGUUGCUAGUACCAGUGUUGGCCUGGUUAUUUUGGGACAAAGACUCAUCUGCUCAUUGUCUCUGAACAGAUUCCGCCUGUCCCUGCCGGAGUCCAGCCGAGGCAGUAUUGAGGUCUUGAGGUUCGAGAAUAUUCUGUCUUCCAUCAUCCACUUCGGAGUCCUCCCACUGGCCAACGCAAAACUGCAGCAAGGAUUUCCUCUGCCACACCCACACAAAAUCUCAUUUGUCAAUUCUGAUGUCGAAGUGCUUGAGGAUUUACUUUUGAUUUCCACCAACCUGAAGUAUGAAACGUCCUUAAAGCAGCCGUCAAGUUUCCCUGGUUGGGCAGAUCUGAAUCUGAUAAGCAGACAGUUGAGUGGGAAGCCAGCCCCUUGAUCGCCUGUUUGGAGUCCAUUCCAGGAAGUAAAUGGCCCUUAAUCCCACAGCUACUGUAAACCCAGACGGAGAAGACAGUACAUGCUGGAAUUGUAAAGCCCUUGUGAAUUGCUUAGACUGAAAGUUUUCUUUCUCAAGCCCUCAGGGACGUACAGUAAGGCAGCUGGGUUAAAGAACUGAAUGGGGGGGGGGGGGGCGUGUCUCCAUGUGUUUGGAGGGCUGGAUGUUUGAAUGUGUGUGCAUGUCUGAAUGCACAUUGUGUGUUCCUGUGUUUAUAAGGUUCUGGGGCAAAGAGUGAGGCAUGUACUUCUGACAAGGUGCGUGAGGAACUCUUACGUACAGAUUUGCAUCAGUUGUUAUCUGUGGAGAUCCCUCUUGCCCUCUCAGCUCUCUAGGGUCCCCCCUUCCCUACAUAUUGGAUUUUAUGUUUUAUAUUUACUGUAACCGUCCCCUGUAUUUAAUUAAAAUUGUUUUCUAUCGAUGUCAA